AUGUCUCCCACAGCAGAGCCACCAUGGGGCCAUCUCUGCCCACCUGCCCAGGUGCUGGACCUUAGCCACAACGAGCUGUCCUUCGUGCCUCCUGACCUGCCUGAGGCCCUUGAGGAGCUGUACCUGCAGAACAACCGCAUCAGCCAUGUGGGCCCCGAAGCCUUCCUCAGCACACCCAGCUUGCGUGCCCUCUUCCUCAGGGCCAACAGGCUUCACAUGACCAGCAUUGCGCCCGAGGCCUUCCUGGGACUCCCACACCUAUGCGUGGUGGACACGACGGGUAAUCCUGAGCAGGUCCUGAUCCAGCUGCCACCCACGGCACCACGUCGGCCACAGGCAGGGGGUCCCUGACCUAACGGGCCUGUCAAAACGGUGCAGACCCCUGGGUUUCGGCUGGGCCAUGGACUAAGGAGACAUGCCCACCUGGGGCCUGAACCUGUAUCUCCCACGCCUCCAGAGCUAAGGCCACCUAACCCAUGCUGGCUAGGAAGCUGGGGCACUGCACACACAGGGAGGCACUGAGGCAUGCAGCUCAUACACCAGACGCAUAGACGACACCAGCCCUGCUGGCCAUGUCCUCACUUCCCGCACAGAUGGAGACAGCAACAAUAAAGCCUAAUUCUUUCAAGCACUCACCACCAAUCAGGUGACCUUCACCUUGUGGAACAGGAAGGGCUCUCACCAUCCCUAUAUCCAGUGGGGGAAACUGAGGCUGUAGAAUGCUAAGUGGAUCAGGCAAUUUGGUCCAGGUCCCAUUGCCAGUAAGUGGCAGGACUGGAUUUCGAGGCCCUGAGAACCUCGUGUCACCAAGCACCACAUGAGGCCUGAACACACCUCUAAACCCAAAUAUGUCCAAGGCCACCUUGGGCAUAUUUGGGUUUAUACGUGAAGAUUAAAUGCAUGGUGGGGCAGGUGUCCUCAGGCAGGUUUCAGACCCUGUGACAGAUACAUGGGCCUUCACAUGCAAGAACACAUCCUUUACAGACACUCCCUCUCCCAGCCUGCUCCUCUUAUAUGUACCUUCCCUUCUACU